AUGGAACUUCCGAGUGAUAUUAUUGAUGAAUCAAAUGUCUCAGCAGUGGAGAAAGGCGAUGUGGUCUUUAGUUCUAAUUUGGCCCUUUCCUCGAAUCCUUUGAUUGAUUUGACACAAAGGGUAUUAGCUGAGUUUAUUGGAAUGUAUAUUAUUAUGUUUGCUGGUAGUGGGUCGAUAGUGGUGAAUAAGCUUUAUGGUGGAACAAUCACUUUUCCUGGAAUAUGUCUAACAUGGGGCCUAAUCGUCAUGGCUAUGAUUUACUCCCUUGGUCAUGUAUCCGCCCACUUCAAUCCUGUUGUCACCAUUGCCUUCGCUCUCUUGGGUUUGUUUCCUUUUAAGGAGGUGUUCUUUUAUAUAGGAUCACAAAUUUUGGGAGCAACUCUGGCUAGCGGGACAGUGGUGUUGAUUAUAGACAUAAACCCGAAAGCUUUUUUUGGAACUAGACCAUCUGGCUCAAUCAUGCAAUCGUUUGUUGUCGAGAUCAUUAUUACUUUCAUCAUGAUGUUCAUUGUUUCGGGUGCCACUAAUGACCAUCGGGCGAAUAAAAAGUAUGGAGGGAUCGUAGUUGGUAUGACUAUAACACUAAAUGUCUUAGUAGCAGGACCGAUAUCCGGAGGAUCGAUGAAUCCAGCAAGAAGCCUUGGACCAGCCAUCGUUCUCCAUAGUUACAAAGGAAUUUGGGUGUACAUAUUUGGUCCACUCAUCGGGGCAAUUGCAGGUGGAUUUGUUUAUAACUUGAUCAAACCAACAAACAAAUCUUUUAGCAAAUUGUUUAAGUUAACUUAA